CGCAUGCGCUCGAAGCAUAAACGGAAAACCCGCGACAUGUGUUGGUAACGCUCGUAACGUUUUUUUUGUAGUUUUUUUGUAGUUUUGGGGCAGUUUUUUUCCCCUGUGUUCUGAACAGUAGAACCUCCUGCUGCCUCCCCGCUCCCCGUCUGCGUAUGGACCCGUGAGAGGCGGACUGGACCGGGCAGGACCGGGCUGGACCGGGUCGGAGCGGGCUGGAGUGACCCGGGACCGCGGCAGUAUGACGGAGCUGAGCCUGCACGGGGUCACGGUUCGGUUCCCGUUCGUCCCGUACGACUGUCAGAAGGAUUAUAUGAGCCGAGUGAUCGAGUGUCUGCAGCAGAAGAAGAAUGGAGUUCUGGAGAGUCCGACGGGCACAGGUAAGACUCUGUGCCUGCUGUGCGCCGCUCUGGGCUGGAGGGAGAACUUUAAAGACACCAUCUCCGCCCGAAAGAUCGCCGAGCAGCUGAAGGGGGCGGAGCUUUUCCCCAACACGCCGCUGGCAUCGUGGGGCAACGCGGCCACCGACGGAGACGCCACCACGUAUUACACAGACGUCCCCAAGAUCAUCUACGCGUCCAGGACCCACUCCCAGCUCGCUCAGGUCAUCGGGGAGCUGAAGAACACCACGUACCGGCCCAAAGUGUGUGUGCUCGGCUCCAGAGAGCAGCUGUGUGUCAACCCCGAGGUGAUGCGCCAAGAGAGCAACCACGUCAAGGUUCACAUGUGCCGAGGAAAAGUCUCCACCAGGUCCUGCCUCUACUACAACAACGUGGACGAGAAAAGCACUGACCGUGACCUGGUGAACUCCAUCUUGGACGUGGAAGACCUGGUGAAAUAUGGCUCCAAGCAGAGAGUUUGUCCGUAUUAUCUGUCCCGCUCACUGAAGCAGCAGGCCGACCUCAUCUUCAUGCCCUACAACUACCUCCUGGACCCCAAGAGUCGCAGAGCUCACAACAUCGAGCUGAAUAAAGCCGUGGUGAUCUUUGAUGAAGCUCAUAAUGUGGAGAGGACGUGUGAAGAGUCCACGUCCUUUGACCUGACGCCGUACGACGUGGCGUCGGCGAUCACGGCCGUCGACCGACUCCUGGCAGAACAGGCCAAAGAGGUGAACCGAGGAGAAGGUCCCUCUGAGAGCUUCAGCGCAGACGUCUUCAGCUCAGGACUCAAGAUGGACAUCACCACCAUCGCCAAAGUGAAACAGAUCCUGCUCGACCUGGAGGCGGCCAUAGACUCGUACGAAGUGCCCAGUGGGAAGGGCGUCACCAAACCGGGCAUAUUCAUCUACGAGCUGCUGGGGAGAGCUCACUUAAACUACCAGACAAAGACGCCCGUGUACGAAGCUCUGGAGCAGAUCACCUCCUAUCUGACCGGACAGCAGGGACUCUUCCUCAACACCACGGGGCUGCAGAAACUCGCCGACAUCAUCCAGCUGGUGUUUUGUGGUGAACCUGCAGAGAAAGACCAACAGCUCCUGAUGCAGGCCAACACCGCUCACUUUAAGGUUCAUAUUCACCAGGACAUGUCCCAGAAGAAGAAGCAGUCUGUAGAUCUGUGGGCCUCCUCCACGUCCAAGAAACAAGGGAACAUCUUGAGUUACUGGUGCUUCUCCCCGGGCUUCAGCAUGCAGGAGCUGGUCAACCAGGGCGUCCGCUGCAUCAUCCUGACCAGCGGGACCCUCUCCCCUCUGUCCUCCUUCACCUCCGAGAUGAGAAUAGACUUCCCCAUUCGUCUGGAGAACGGUCACGUGAUCGAGAGAGACCAGAUCUUUGUGAGUGUGAUCGAGAAAGGCCCAGACGGAGUCCAGCUGACCUCAGCGUUUGACCGAAGGUUCCUCCCAGAAAACAUGGCGUCUUUGGGGAGCACUGUGGCAAACCUGAGUCGUGUGGUUCCUCACGGCCUCCUGGUGUUUUUUCCUUCUUUCCCACUGAUGGAGAAAACUCUGGAGUUCUGGAGAGAGAAGGGUCACGCCGACCGCAUCGAGAACGUGAAGCCCAUGUUUGUGGAGCCAAAGGGCAAAGGAACCUUCACUGAGGUGAUCGAAGGAUACUACAACAAAGUGGACGACCCGGUGUCAAAGGGCGGGAGCUUUUUCGCCGUGUGCAGAGGAAAGGCCAGUGAAGGUCUGGACUUCGCAGACUCGUACGGUCGUGGAGUCAUCAUCACGGGUCUCCCCUUUCCCCCAAAGAUGGACCCUCGCGUCAUCCUCAAGAUGCAGUUUCUGGACGAGAUGUGCCGCAAGAAAACCCCCGGAGUCAAGUACCUGACGGGGCAGGAGUGGUACCGGCAGCAGGCGUUCCGUGCGGUGAACCAGGCUGUAGGACGAGUGAUCCGCCACAAGGACGACUACGGAGCCAUUUUCCUCUGUGACGAGAGGUUUAAAGGCCCCAACGCCGUCGCUCAGCUGCCCAAGUGGGUCCGGCCGUACGUGCGCCCGUAUCACGCCUUUGGAAACGUGGUCCGGGACGUGUCACAGUUCUUCAGAGUGGCACUCAAAAUGAGACCCCCUGUCCAGAAGAAGCCCACAGCCCCGAGAGAGACCGCAGUGUGUGGGGCAGAUACCAGCUCCAGCGCGGGCGGGAGGGCACAGGGGGCACAGGGGGCACACAGAGCUCUGGGCACACUGAGCUGGCAGCCACAGAAGGCCACAGCUCUGGACGCUCACAUCCCCAGUCUGAAGAGGAGGAGGCUGGACGACCACACUGGGUCCAGUGGAAUGGCCAAAAUCUGCAUAAAGUACGAGUGUGGAGCCCCCGAGGUCCACAGGAGGCCCACGUCUCUGCUGGACGCCCUGGAGCAGGAGGGUGGGGGGGGGCAGGACGACGGGUCCUGGGCGGGCGAGGAGAAGGCGAGUCGACUGUCCACUCUGUCUCUGCAGUACGACAAACGGAUCGACGACGAACUCCGAGGAGGAAAACGCAAAAUCAAACUCGUCCAAGACCAGAAAAGGAGCAGCUCGGACGCGUCUGAAGAAGGUAAAACCAGCAGAGCCAAAGCGUUUCUGGCCGAGAUGAAGAAAUCUCUGAGUCAGAUGAACUUUGAGAAGAUGGUCCAGGCUCUUCAGACCUACAAGAAAACAGACGACCUGGAGACGCUGCUGGAGGAGACGACCGUGUUAACAGAGGACGCCAACACCCACAGCCUCCUGCGGGGUUUUUAUCAGUUUGUUCGUCCUCAUCACAAGCAGAGGUUUGACGCUCGGUGCAGAGAGACGACGGGGACCGGCUGUGGAUUCAAACCAGACCACGCUCUGUCCAAAGACGACAAGAAAGCACUGAUCCAGCAAGACGCGCUGACCGAGCAGUCGUCCUCGUGCGCCAAACUCAGCACCCAGCAGCUCAGCACCCAGCAGCUCAGCACCCAGCAGCUCAGCACCCAGCAGCUCAGCACCCAGCAGCUCAGCACCCAGCAGCUCAGCACCCAGCAGCUCAGCACCCAGCAGCUCAGCACCCAUGAGCUGAACCAGGGCCAGGAGCAGCUGACGUGUGGAGGUCUGACGCACUCACAGACCGCGUCUGCCCCGAACACCUCGGUCCACGCCUCGUUCUUGGCGGACGUGAAGGCGGCUCUGGGAGCGGAGAAAUCGGCUCGGCUCUUCCAGGCCGUCCGCAGCUACAAGCAGACGGAGCGUUACGAGGAGCUGCUGAGCGUCGUGGUGAGCCUCCUGACCGAGAGGGACCAGGACUUCCACCUCCUGAAACGUUGAGCCGUUCACUCCCAAACAGUAGUAGCUUUGUGUUUUGGAAUCUGCUGCACACACUCCCCCAGCUCACUCAGGACUGUGCAGCUUCACUGCAGCAUUUGGAAAAACUUCACCAACUGGCAACAAAUUUGGACUUGGUGCCAAAAACUUUGAGGGAGGCUGUUCAUGCAGGAUUAAAGGAUCAUAUUUGUGCGAGCAGAUUCCAAGAUGCAAAAUUUAUCCCAUGUGUGUCUCAGGAGCUCAAAUCGACAGUAUUUAAACUGUAACAGCGAUCACACUCCCACAGGCCUUUACACACAGUCUCUGGUCACACUCCACAGUCCUUUACACACACUCUGUGAUCACACUCCUCAGUCCUUUACACACACUCUGUGAUCACACUCCUCAGUCCUUUACACACAGUCUGUGAUCACACUCCUCAGUCCUUUACACACAGUCUCUGGUCACACUCCUCAGUCCUUUACACACAGUCUGUGAUCACACUCCUCAGUCCUUUACACACAGUCUGUGAUCACACUCCACAGUCCUUUACACACAGUCUGUGAUCACACUCCUCAGUCCUUUACACACAGUCUGUGAUCACACUCCACAGUCCUUUACACACACUCUGUGAUCACACUCCCACAGGCCUUUACACACAGUCUCUGGUCACACUCCUCAGUCCUUUACACACAGUCUGUGAUCACACUCCUCAGUCCUUUACACACACUCUGUGAUCACACUCCUCAGUCCUUUACACACACUCUGUGUUCACACUCCUCAGUCCUUUACACACACUCUGUGUUAACACUCCACAGUCCUUUACACACACUCUGUGAUCACACUCCUCAGUCCUUUACACACAGUCUCUGGUCACACUCCUCAGUCCUUUACACACAGUCUGUGAUCACACUCCUCAGUCCUUUACACACACUCUGUGAUCACACUCCUCAGUCCUUUACACACAGUCUCUGGUCACACUCCUCAGUCCUUUACACACAGUCUGUGAUCACACUCCUCAGUCCUUUACACACAGUCUCUGGUCACACUCCUCAG